AUAUACAAAGAGAGAGAGUAGCCAUGGAUGUGGAGCAAGUUCUUCACAUGAACGGAGGAAAUGGUGAGACAAGCUAUGCCAAGAAUUCCACCGUUCAGAGCAACGUAAUCUCAAUUGCGAAAUCGGUAACCGACGAGGCCUUGCAAAAGCUGAUGAGCAACACGGUCAUGGGCAGCAUUGGAAUCGCCGAUCUCGGCUGUUCCUCUGGCCCCAACAGCCUUCUCCCGGUUUCGAACAUCAUCGACACGAUCCAUGCCAUGUGUCGCGAUGCCAACACUCCGAUGCCCGAACUCAGGGUCUCCCUCAACGAUCUCCCGACCAACGACUUCAACUACAUUUUCGGAUCGUUGUCUGAGUUUCACGACAAGCUCAAGAGGGGCAAGGGCUCCGGUUUCGGACCGUGUUUUGUCUCUGCCGUGGCAGGUUCGUUCUACGGCCGAUUGUUCCCUCGACGGAGCCUUCACUUCGUUCACUCUUCCUCUAGUCUCCAUUGGUUAUCUCAAGUUCCGACCGAUCUAGGGAACAAGAAUGGUACGGAGGCUAUAACAAACAAGGGGAAGCUUUACAUAUCGAAGACAAGCCCUCAAAGUGUAUUGAAGGCAUAUGCUUUUCAAUUCCACAAUGACUUCUUUGAGUUUCUUCGAUCGCGUUCGGAAGAGUUAGUCCCGGGAGGCCGAAUGGUGUUGUCAUUCAUGGGAAGAAACACUUCCGAUCCGACAGCCGAAGAGAGUGGUUGGGAACUCAUGGCACAAGCCCUUAUGGAUAUGGCCAAAGAGGGUAUCAUCGAAGAGGAAAAGAUCGAUACUUUCAACGCUCCUUACUACGCUCCGUGGUCUGAAGAGGUGAAAAUGGAGGUAGAGACAGAAGGGUCGUUCGCGAUAGAUCGUCUUGAGACAAUGGAGAUCGACUGGGAAGGUUUUGUCGUUGAAAAGAGUUACAAGAACAAAUCCGAAUCCGAAGCGUUUUCCAGCGGGCGACGGGUGGCUAAUACCGUACGGGCUGUCGUUGAAUCGAUGUUACAAUCUCAUUUCGGUGGCAAUGUGAUGGACGAAUUGUUUCAGAGGUUCGGAGGCAUCGUUGGAGACUACAUCUACAAGAGGACGGCAAGAUUCUGCAACAUAACUCUCUCACUUGUUAGAAAGGCUUAAUUGCUAUAUAUCGUUAAAUUGAAAAAACAAACAAUAAUAAAUUGCGAAUAUUUGAAUUUUAUAAUAAUUAUUUGUUAUGGGC